AUGGGAGCCAUGGGUUUGCUAUGCUCAUUGCUACCUGUCCUGAUGGGCGCCAUGGUGACCGCUAGCGACGAGGCCGUGUUGCUUGCUUUCAAAGCGCAGGUCAACGACGGCGGCUCGCUCGACUCCUGGAACAACAGCGCCAACUUCUGCAGCUGGGAAGGCGUGACAUGCAGCCAUCGGAGGCCUGCACGGGUGGUGGCGCUGAGAUUGAACGGCACCGGGCUCGCUGGAGAACUUUCCUUGGUCAUCGGGAACCUCACGUUCCUGCGGAUGCUCAACUUGAGCUUCAACUCGCUCCACGGGGACAUUCCAGCAAGCCUCGGCCGCCUCCGCCGCCUGCAGAGGCUCUACUUGGGCGACAACUCCUUCUCCGGCACAAUCCCUGCCAACUUGAGCUCAUGCGUCAGCAUGACCAUAAUGGGACUGGACAACAACAAGCUUGGCGGACCCAUAGCUGCUGAGCUCGGCGAGAAGCUCACGUCCUUGGUAGUGAUCUCACUGGCCAAUAACAGCUUCACAGGGCUCAUCCCUGUGUCGCUUGCCAAUUUGUCACAUCUACGGUACCUUGAUCUCUCCCGUAACCAUCUCGUGGGCUCGAUCCCACCGGGGCUCGGAAGCUUGCAGAACAUGGAGAAAUUCAUGCUCGCUGAAAACAACCUCUCUGUCACUCUUCUUGUUUGGAUACUUUGCAAAAAGCUCAAACCAAGACAGAAGACAUCAGCACAAAAUUCAAUUGGCGAUCAGAAUUACAGGAGAAUCCCCUAUCAUGCAUUAUUGAGAGGAACUAAUGAGUUUUCAGAAGCCAACUUACUUGGGAGAGGAAGUUAUGGUGCGGUUUAUAAGUGUGAUUUGGACACUGAAGAAAGAACAUUGGCUGUCAAGGUGUUUAAUCUUGGUCAAUCUAGGUAUUCCAAGAGUUUUGAUGCUGAAUGUGAGGCCAUGAGAAGGAUACGACAUCGUUGUCUCAUCAAGAUCAUUACAUCUUGUUCGAGCAUCAACCACCAAGGUCAAGAGUUCAAGGCAUUGGUUUUUGAGUUCAUGCUGAACGGUAACUUGGAUAGUUGGCUUCAUCCAGGAUAUCAAGAGCCCACUAUAGACAACACUCUCAGCCUGGCCCAGAGGCUUGAUAUUGCUGUUGAUAUUGUUGGUGCAGUAGAAUAUCUGCACAACUACUGUCAGCCAUUGGUGAUCCAUUGCGAUCUUAAGCCAAGCAACAUUCUUCUUGAUGAAGACAUGAGUGCACGAAUUGGAGACUUUGGCAUAUCAAGAGUUCUUCAAGAGAAUACAAGCGAAGGGAUGCAAACUUCAUAUAGCUCAACUGGAAUUAAGGGUUCCAUAGGCUAUGUUGCUCCAGAAUACAGAGAAGGCUCUUCGGUCUCGACAGCCGGUGACAUUUAUAGUCUUGGCAUAUUGCUGCUUGAGAUGUCUACCGGAAGGAGCCCAACAGAAGGCAUGUUCGGAGAUUCAUUUGAUCUGCACAGGUUUGUCGAGGAUGCUCUUCAAGAUAGAACCUUUGAGAUAGCUGACCCAACAGUGUGGCUGCAUGGCGGACAACAUGAUAACACUGCAAGUAUCAGAAUCCAGGAAUGCUUGGUCUCGGUCUUCAGGCUUGGCAUAUCCUGCUCUAAGCAACAACCUCGAGACCGAGCAUUGACAAGAGAUGCAGCGGCUGAGAUGCACGCAAUCAGAGAUACGUACCUGAAAUUUACAGGCGAGCAAGGAGCAGAAAGAGAGGCCUCGACUCGAGAAAUUCAGAGCAUUGUUGAAUAA